CAACUUUCCACUUCUCGAGCUUGACACAGCGAAAGCCACGGUAAGGCGACGGCAUCGCCAGCUCCGGGUCACUAGCCUUGCACGCUUCCUGUUUCCAAGGCUGAGUGUUCGGGAAAUGAUGGUGACUGCCGGGUGGCUUUGCUGGUGGGAAGAUUCUAGACUUUGAGCUUGACGGGAUGGAGGAACCAAACUGCGCAAACCCAUCGGCCAUCGUGAGGUAAUCCUGAGUAACGUAACCCGAAUAAAAUCAAGCACAAUAUGAACACACGACACACAGCGUAUCACUCACAUGCGUGGUUGAGUUGAAAUCGUGUCGCAAUGAAACUUGAUAUUGUCCCUGCUGCUGUUUCUAGGGGACCAGCCCCUCCAGACCCUCCAGGUCUCACACAGCCCGGUACGUACCGUAAUGACACCCCGUUACACCAUGUCGGGCCAGGGGUUUGUGCGCAAGGAUGCAGCUUGUAUGAGCAGGCUCCAAGAAACGGAAGGUAUUGGGACGGUGGGAUGAUGACGUUGGUUUCGAGCCCAAUUACAUUCCCAGGCAAUUGGCUGGACGUCCAAUGUCACUGACAGAAGCGAAUGUCAUGGGCGGUUCCUCCCAACCUCAACAAGCUCAAUCAGGGCAUUCACGGAGAGAAAAAAGCACUUCGACAUGGCCAGAAACUGGUCACGAAGCGGGCCGGACCUUGAAUCUUCAUCAGACCCAGCUCAACUUUGCUUCGGUAAUGUACCUAGUAUCACACAUCAUGCUACGCCCCGGUGUUUGUUCCACUGUAGGAGGAAACGAGUUGGAGUGUGUGCCAGUCAGGGUAGUUACAAGUCACUCCUCCCCGGUGCCCGUUGCUGCGCAGUGAGUUAGGUUCCAGAAGUGAGUGGGUUUCGGGAGCCUUCUUCUCCAUGCCCCUCCCCGUCACUGCCUCCUUCCCGAAAUGUGUUUGUCUGUUUCUCCUCCUCCGUAUCUCGUCGUCUCCAGAGUUUUUGUCCUCCAGACUCCAAGUUCAUAAUCUGUACUUCUCUCAGCUGGUCAUCAGAGUCUUCUCGUAGGUUCCUGGCAAAGAACAUAGGUGCCCAGAUUGGUCCUAACCGCAGCCCAACCACACGAAUUCCAGGGCCGACAGUCAUCCAUCACAUCAUCAGCAGGCCCCCGGUUAAGAGCUGAAGAAGGAACUUGGUAGCUUGCCAAGAUCACGGUCACACGCCCACUCUCUUCCACUCGCCCACCCUGUCUGUCCACUUCCUAGUCUCAGACCAACCCCGCCCUUACUCCCACCCUCUCUGUCCACGAGUUUCUUCUCCCGGCUUCCCCUCUUACUUAAACGUCAGGCUCUGCUACAUCCCGCAGCCUGGAAGAAGGCUGGCUUGAGAAAUUUUCAUAACCCAGUCAUCACCCCGCUGUCCUGAGAACCCAAACCUCACUUGGUCAUCCAUCCAUCCAUCCUUUCUCGGUCCUUGACCAGCUAGCUGUACAUACCACCACCCAACAACAACAAUCACAGAACAACCACAACAACAUCAACAACAACACAUAUCACACAUACACUAGCGACUAUGGCCAGCAGAAGCCGGGUCGAGUUCGACGACUACUACAGGGAGUCCCCCCGCCGCGCUCCUAGCCGCGGUCCCAGCCGUGCUCCUAGCCGUGGCCCUCCUGUCCGCUACGCGGAUGAGGACAUCGAUAUUCACGUCCAUGACCGUACUCCCGCCUUCCUGCGUGAGGACAGGCGCUCCGAUGCAGGUCAGCUGGUGCUGAGGCAGAGGGAGGUUGAGACUGUUGAGCGUCCCAGGCGAAGGUCACCCAGCCCUGUGCACAUGCACGAGCGCAUCGUCCACAGAGCUAGGAGCGUCAGCCCUGAACCCCGGAGACGCACAGAGGAGUCGGACAUUCAUAUCCAUUCCAUCGACCGUGUCCGCGAGUCUAGCCGCCCUCCUGCUGACAGGAUUCGCGCAAGCACCCGCAUUAUCGAACGUCAGAGGAGCCCGUCUCCUCCCCGCAUGGACAGGCUUGAGAUUCGGGAAACCCAGCGGGAACGCCAGCGACCCCGCUCCCCUUCGCCUGACCGGAACAUCCGUGAGCACAUUCGCAUUGUUGAGAGGGAGAGGGAGAAGGAGCGUGAACCCAGCCCGCCACCUCAGCCUCAGCAACCUCAGGUCAUCAAGGGACCUGUCAUUGAAAGAGAAGUCAUCACUCACUACCGCGAUAUCGACCAUGGCAUGAUUUCCGUCCGCCCACCAUCUCGGCCUGCCUCCCCAGUUCGCCGCAAGCAGCCGCAGCUUUCCGAGACCGAGAUCGACAUCUACACCUCUCGCAAGGACACCGAAAUCGACAUCCACAGGCACGCCUCUCGGAGCCGUGGCCGCUCUCAGGAGCGCCGCUCGCCCAGGAACGCUUAUGAUGACGAUCUACUGAUCCAUGCCGAUACCGGUCGCCUCCAUGUCGACGUUGAGCGUCGCCGCAGCGUCUCCCGCAGCGGCCGUCGUGCCCAUUCCGAGGCUCCUCCCCACAUUGACUUUGACGAUGAAGCUAGAUACAUCACGUCUAAGAUCGACUCGAGGGGCCAGAUGGGUGAGGCGUACAACGGUAUCACCAAGGACUGGACCAUCAUCGAUGUUCCUCCCGGAACCGAGCGCGUACGAUUGGAUGGUGCCGGUGGUGCCUCUGCCGAGGUCACAUGGCAGAAGUACAGUGGAGUUAGGCGCUCCCAGUUCAUCCCUGAGCGUGACGAGAGGAGUGUUGUUUCCGCGUCCUCUGCUUCUGACCGUGACCAUGACCGUGAGCGCGACCGUGAGCGCGACCGUGACGCCCGCGAUAGCAGACUCAGCAUUCAGAUCUACAAUGAGCGGGGCGGUGAUGAGCGGGAGAAGCGCAUCAGCAUCCACGGCUCGCAGAACCCCCGUCGCAGCGAGAUGUGGACUGAGAUCACCAAGGAUCUCGUCACUCGUGAGGCCAUUGAGGAGCUUGGUUAUGACUACGAGGAAACCGAGUACUUCUUCUACAUCAUGCAGUACCUGCGCUAUGAGGAUGUUCUUCGCUGCGUUCAGCUUUCCGACAAGAUUCGCCAGGCUCGCAAGGACCGCAUUCGCGAAAUUCAGUGGGAGCGCGAGUACGGUCGCGAUGAUUACGAAUUCCGUGAUCAUUACCACAACCCUCACAGUCACAGCCGUCACCGCUCGCGCGAUGAUCGCUGGGACGACGAGCGCGAGCGUAUCGUCGAGCACGAGGUCAUCUAUGACAGCAGGGCCGGGAGCAGGUACCGCUAAACGCCCACAUGACUAUAGACUUGGCACGCUAUGUACGGGAAGGUAAUACCAAGCGCGUUGGGUGAAAGGAUGGUUCUGCUUUUCAUUCUAUUGCCAUCUUCUUCUGCCUAUACAAAUUUUUUUCCUCCUUUGGGUUGUUUUGGAAGGUUCUCUUUUGGUUAAUCAUGUUACCCCUCACGUCAUGUCAAGAUGUAUGUUGUGUUUGGUUGUUGUUUUGGAUGGUCGAUAUUAUGACUUAUGAUGAAACAGAAAACAUUAUGUAUGAAGAUGAUGAACAAUUCAUGUAUGCGAUGAAUGUCAAUGAGUCCCGCAUUUAGGAUGUUGGUUACAUGUACGUUUCAUGGCUGGAGGAGCUGGAGAGGGGUGGUGUAGUAGUGAUAUUCUUAGACCAACAAAGCAUAUACCUAAAGGGUACCGCAGACGACUUCGUUUUGUGACCAAUCUGUGCCCCAUGACUUUGUUUACUAUAAACGAUUUUCACUAUACUUAGUAUUCCAAUAUCUCAUUUCUUACGCAGAAUUUUGUUUCAGGCAGCUCAGGUUUGUACGAGCAGUCAUCCAGAACCUCGGACGUAAAUGAUGAUUUGUGACCUUGUCGUCGUUGGUACUACAGUACGACAAAGUGUACCAUGAGCAGAUCAAGCAAAC